AAUGAAUGCAAAGAAAAUUUGGAAGGAGAAACUUUUUUUUCAAGAGACCACUUAAUAUGAACGAGAAGUGGUUCCACCAGUGUUGAACAAGAAACUUCAUCAUUCAUUAUUAACAGUAUUAUUUCACAUUUUGCUUUUCAAUAGAUAAAAUUACAGACUCAGCUAAUAAAGAGAUUAUCAAUCAACUUUUUGCUCGUCAAUUUCAACUCUUUUUUUCCUUCUUUUCCUUGCAUUUCAACUUCAAAACUUGCUGCUCAUUUUCAAGUGAAAACCUUCUUACCUUUUUUUGUCUCAGAUUUACUUCAACCUUUUUUGCUCAUUUUCCAAACUUCAAAGUUUUCUGCUCAUCUUUUCUCCCCAUUUAUUCAUUCACUUUCAACACUUGGAAUCUUCAUUUUGUAACCAUCAUUUUCAACUUAUCAUCAUCACCAUCAACAAUAUUGUCAUCUUUAUCAUCACCUCUUCAAGACUAAACUUUGAUUUUUUACUUGUAAAGAGGCAACAAAAUUACUCUUCACAUCUGGUUAUCUGAAAAGGUUGAAAUUCAUUUAGAUCAACUUCAUGGAGAAUAUUUUCCACCACAUAAUCAAUUCUUUCUUCUUAUUAACCUGUCUACAGGUGGUCAAAUCGUUACGGAUAUCCGAAUUUAUUGUUCCAAGAAAUGCCUUCGAAGGAUCUGAUGCUCGUAUUAUAUGCUCAUAUGAUCUUGAAGGUUACCCUUUAUACACACUUAAAUGGUAUCGAAAUGAAGAGGAGUUUUUCCGCUACGAACCAAAAGCAAAGGAGCCUUACAUGUAUCUGCCCGUUAAAGGCAUAAAAAUAAAUAGAAAGCGAUCCAAUUCAACUCACAUAUUAUUAUCCAAUGUAAAUAAAUUUACCGAAGGUUCUUUUGCCUGUGAAGUUUCAACGGACAUUCAAUUUCAAACUCUACACCAAGAAAGUCAUCUAACAAUUGUCGCCUCAAGAUCAUCGGAUAAUUUGUCAACUUACAGUUCCAGGAAUGUAAUUACAGUCUUGUUGUUGCUUCAAUUAAUGGUUUCCCAUCAGAUAAUCAAAAGUCAUUUCUCAGUUAAUUUAAAUGUUGGAAACUCUUGAUUCUAUCAAGCAAAUUAUUGGAUUAACUUGAAGCCCAGUUGGAUUAUUAAAUUACAACCAUUAAUCUUCAUCUUGUUUCAUCAGUCAAUUAUCAAGAAUGAGAAGGAGAAAAAGUGAACAAAAUCGCAAACAUGAAAUUUUUUAGUCUCUUUUUUCCUGUUACCAAAGUAUUACCUGAUAUAAAUAUCAUAUGAUAAGUUGAAUAAAAUUUUACCAUUGAAAUUGAAUUAA